AUGCAAUCUAAUGCAAAACGUCGAUUCGUGGAUGCAUAUUUGAAUGAAGUGGGAGAUAUGCGAAAUACGGUAAAUCGUUUACAAUUGUAUGAAAUUAUAAUCUCUGCUGGCAAAGAUUUAUUGAUGUCUGAUCUAGGAGAUACAGACUGUUAUCAGUUCGAUAAAGCAUAUGAAGUUUUUGAGCAGUUACCUGUGACAAAUUUUUUGGAAUUAGUAAAACAAAAUAGCAGUCGCAUCAAUGAAACUGAUCAGAAUGAACAAUUUGUUGAAUUGAAAGAAUUCUUUGAAUCCUUGAAUGAGGAUGAAGAGUUGAAUGUGAAUGAAAUUAAGGCAGCGUUGGAUUUUUUGAAGUCAUCUGCAAGAUAUGGGAAGAUUGAUUGCAAAAUGCUUUUCAAUGAAUUUGAAAAGAGUCGAAGCAAACUGCUUGAUGUUAUCGCGCAGGAAUUCACCAACAAACAAAUUGCAAUAUCGAAAAAUUUCAUCGGAUCUGAAAAUUUACAACGCAAAUUACCUGAAAGAACGAGAAAUUCAUUUCAAUAUUUAAAUGGUUCCAUACCAAUGUUCACUUCGCAGGUUACUCGUCGAGCAUUUCGUGUAAUGAAUAAUGAUGAUCGCAUUUUGAACUAUCAUUUCAUUCUGAAUCAUUCGCAGAUUAUUUGUAUUAUGUGUGAAUUAUUGACAAGCAAUGAUCAACCAACGGAUCAAAACUAUAAAAAUGACAUAUACGUUAUACUCUAUGAUACAAUCGAGGAGCAAGUGAUUACAGUUACAAUGAAUAUUAUGGAAGAUAAAUAUGUAAGCGAGAAAUGCUUGUUGAAAGCAGGAGAAUAUAUCGUUAGCGUUCAAACAGCACAUUGUUCGGAGUUUGUUAUCACAUCAGCAGACGAUGAAAUGAAGUUAGUGGAUUCAGAUGGAAAAUUAACAAAGCAUUUCAAGAUGACAUUGAUGAAUAUAUUUGAUCUAUUCGAUUUCGAUGAAAACGGUAAAUUAAGUCGAGAGGAAUUCGACAUAUACAAUAAAUUGGCUAGUGAUGAACAUGUUUUGGAUCAUGAAUGGGAAAUACUCUGCCAAAAUUUUGGAGCUAAAGACGGUGAAUUACUGCUACAUUCUUUUGUGGCACUUCAUCAGAUAGAGGCAAAUAAUAAUCCAUCAUUGGAGGAUACCUGGAUGACAUUGCAUUUUGUUGGGUAUAACGAACAAUUGGAUCUGAUUAAUAAUUGUCCGUGUUCAUUUACAAUCUUUUCCGAAUCGAUUGUUUAUAUGAAACAUGUAGAGUUACGUGAACCGAUGAUGAAUGAAAGUGAAGCGUUAGCUGAUUAUUUCUGGAGGAAUGGCCGAGAGGUUUGCGAUGAUAUUGAUGUGCGUAUUUGGAAAUGUGAUUAUUUUGCAGUUGGUAUAGCUGGUCCAAUGAAAUUACCUUAUGCUAUGAAUCUUCGCUAUGGAAAUUCGAAAAAUGUAUUGGUUAAAGAAUUAAUAGAACUUCGGCAAAUACCGUUGAAAUUUGUCAAACCGAAGAUACUACUUCAUGCAAUUGCGACAGAAUCUGAUUGGUCGCUAAUUUUAAAAGUGGAAACUAUGGAACGAAGGAGUAGUGAUUAA